AGCUGAGUCGCCCGCUUACAGGCACUGACAGACAACCCGGAGCAAGGCAGCAGGUUGUGCGUGAGUGACCGCAGCUAGCAUCACACUUUACUGGGGAAGCCGCGAGCGUCCGCUACGUUCACAGGAAACAGCGGGUGGAUUAAUGCUCUACUCAGACCAACGGACCGAGGAGAGAAAAGCCUGUUUCUGAGUAACGUCGCGGCGAGGAUGUCUGUCCCAGCGGGAGAAGGAUGAAGAUGAAACCACUGUUAUGGCGAGUUGUGUCAGUGUGGCUGUGCGUAGCUGUGGUCUGUCGGUACCAGAGUUGUUAUGUCGGUUGCACGGAGUCGCACAAAGAGGCCCAGAGGCCCGUGUCCUCACAGGGCCUCUGGGAAGAGUCAGGGGAAAAGAGUCAUCAUCACAAGGAGCAGUUGAUAAAGGAUGAUCGGCAAAUAGAGGAGCAGACAACACAAGAGGUGGACGAAAAACAAGAUAUAGAGGCCUGUGAAGGAGAGGAGCCGGCUGUAGAGGAAGAUUUGGAGGCAGACAAAAUCAUUUCACAACCUGAGCUAGAACCUGAGCAAAGCUCAGAAAAUCAACAUCCUGAAACCUCUCUAGACCAGGACUCACUGCUGCCUUCUUCCCACUCUGUCUCUGAAUAUGCUGCUGAGCUUGAAGGCAACUCAAACACCCAUAAUCUUCAAGACAACAACCCAGAUAGAGUUUCAGAUGAUGCAGCUGACAUAGCUAAACCCGAGAACAUUGAUUCCGACCCACCUCCAGCGCACUGUGAAGAAGAAGAGAAUAACCCAUAUGACAAUGAGAGAAGUCCUCCAAUUGUUCUGGAGAACACUUCCAAUGUCCACACUGCAGGUACUAAAACCCAGAGUGACCCACCUCUGACUUCUCAGACUGGUCACAGCACACAACAUCUGGAGGCCAACGCAUCAUACGUGCUAAAUGAGCAAGACCUGAGCUCCCCUGUUACCAAAGGCACAGAUACCUCUUUGAUCAGCAAAGACCCAGAGGACAUCCCCACUUUUGAUGAGUGGACGCGGAAGAUGAUGGAGGUCGAGAAUGAAAAGACUCAGUCUACUCAUACUUCUAACAAUGGGGCUCCUCCUGUGGUGAAGAAGGUCCAGAAGAACUUCAAUAACUAUGCCUCAGUGGAGUGUGGAGCCAAGAUUCUUGGCUCUAACCCAGAGGCAAAGAGCACUUCAGCCAUUUUGAGGGAGAACAUGGACUUGUACAUGCUAAACCCCUGUAGUAAUAAAAUAUGGUUCAUCAUUGAGCUCUGUGAGCCCAUCCAGGUGAAGCAGCUGGACAUCGCUAACUUUGAGCUAUUCUCUUCUCUUCCGAAAGACUUUCUUGUCUCCAUAAGUGAUAGAUAUCCAACAAACAAGUGGCUAAAGCUGGGAACCUUUCACGGCCGGGAUGAACGCACCGUCCAGAGCUUCCCAUUAGAUGAGCAUCUUUAUGCUAAAUAUGUGAAGAUGUUCACCAAGUACAUAAAGGUAGAGCUGGUCUCUCACUUUGGCGCUGAACAUUUUUGUCCCCUCAGUCUCAUAAGGGUGUUUGGCACUAGCAUGGUCGAAGAGUACGAGGAGAUAGCUGAUCCCACAGAAAGACCAGAUGAUCAGGAAGAUGACUUGGAUUACCCUCCUGGAUAUGCACCCGGUGAAGUCAAGUUAACCAAGAAUCUGAUUGGAUCAGCAAAGGACGUGAUUUUGAACAUGGUAAAUAACAUUGCUGUCAAUGUUCUCGGUGGCGGCUCAGAGAUGCAAGGUAACCUUUCAUCACAGGAAGUGAACAUGACUGAACCGUCGGCCCAACUUGAAACCAGCUCUCCAACUACCACUAAAGACCUCACUUCAGUUCCAGACUCUGGAGUGGAAGAGAUGUUUCCAGACCCCAAUAUCCCUGCAGCUGUAGCACCGUCCUCAGAGACUUCUGUGCCAGAGAUAUCUACAGCUGAUACAAGCAAACAUGAGCUCCCCCGAGUGGAAGAAAACAUAGUCAUUCCUUUACAGAAAGACGAGGAGGAACCAAUCAGCUGGACAAUCACUCUUUUGGAUAAGGAGGAGUUUGAUGUAGAAAAACUGAAAAAAGAUCAGCAUCAGCGCCAACAAGAGAUCCAGAACUACUGUCCACUACUUACUUAUUUUUCUUCCUCUUGUUCUUGCUCAGCUUCCCUCCAGGAGUAUCUCCAUUGGCAGUGUUCAGCUCUGCUGUCCAAAAAAAGGAAAUUCAAAACUAUGAACAGAAAGCAAAUGAUUAUUCCCAUUCUAACACCCACAAGGCAUAUACCCCUGUCUCCCUCUGCCUGCCCUGAACCUCAGCAGCAUGACAGGGAGCUACAUCAGCUCCAUGAACUAGAACAAGCCUCUAAACAGGAGCUAGAGAGCAAUGCCAGACUAUCGGAAACGCCACUUCCUCCAGGGAACUCGGUACAAUCUCAUAAAGAGUCUAUGACUGAACCUCCUCUGUUGGAGCCCAGUCAAACCUUGAACCUCCCCAAACCCAGUGCCACUGACUCAUCCUCUGCCAAACCUACCCCUAUUGUGCAGACACCACAGCUGUCUUCUGAAGAGCCAAAGCCUGAAAAGAGUCAGGAUGUGCUGGCAGAAGAGAAGCACAUUCAGCCUUCAGUCUCUCUCAGUAGCUCCAUCUAUGUAAAACCCAAGGUCAAUACAGCAGUGGACGAUGCCUCAGUUGCACCAGCAGAAGAGAAGUCUGACAUUGAGGUUUCUGUACCAGAGAUAAACACCUCGAUGCAAACAGAUAAAACGGAUGAAUCUCAAGUUAUCCAUCCCACCACCUCCCCUCAAUUAGAACAUUACCCUGACCCACCAGCUGUACCUGAAAGAAGUACUACUACUUCUGAAGUAUCCCACACCAUUACAGAACUUGAGCCCUCUGGUGGUCACUCGGCUAUCACAGAAACUAAAACGGAGGACGAAGACAUCUCUACAUCGUCAGGUGGCAAGCCUUCCUCGCCUACCUCACCGUCUCUCUCGGACAUCUAUGCAGAGCCACCCAAUGGCACGGAUCAGAACGGAAACACAGUGCAUGGCUCCAGCCAGAAGGAGUCCGUGUUCAUGAGGCUCAACAACCGCAUCAAGGCCCUGGAGAUGAACAUGUCACUCAGCGGACGCUACCUGGAGCAGCUAAGCCAGAGAUAUCGAAAGCAGAUGGAGGAGAUGCAGAAAGCGUUUAACCAAACCAUCAUUAAACUGCAGAACACUUCGAGAAUAGCUGAGGAACAGGAUCAGCGUCAGACUGAGUCCAUUCAGUUGCUGCAGGGCCAGCUGGAGAAUUGUACUCAGCUGGUUGUGAACCUGUCAGUCAGAGUCAGCCAACUGCAGGAUGAGGUGUCGGACAGGCAGAACUACCUGCUGCUGUCUCUGGCGUUGUGUCUGUGUCUCUGCCUGCUGCUGUGUGCAAACCACGGCCGCAUCUCCACCCUUCCUCCAACCACCGAACCAGAGCCACCCACACCGAAGAGCUACACCUACUGCUGUCCUGAAAGGCAGUUCUCUUCCUGUGAUGAGACUGGCUUGAAGAGGAGUGCAUCCUAUCCACUCAUACACUCACUUGCCACCACUGAAGGCCCAGAAAUGCAUGCAGAGGAGACGCAGAGUCUUUGUCCAGCGAACAGAAAGAGGAGACGCCGUAAGAUGAAGCCCAUGGAGAAGGUGGAGAAGCUCUCUUUUCAAGCUGCUCCAGGACUGUGUAACGGAGUGGUUUUAUGUAAUGGUGUACCCGUCACCGCCAACCCCACACCCCUUGCAAAAAGGUUGCUUCAACCAUUGUUUAGAGACUCGCCAUCAGAGGGCAGCUCAGAGGGAUCUUCACAUUCAGAUGACCCCUCCUUCUGUGGCAUCACCACAGCUUGCACCCGAAUCUGUGAUGGGCUCCCUCCACCAAAGACCCGGGCAGAGAAACGGGCGUUUAGACGCGGGCGUCCAAGGCCUAGUUGUGUGGGGGUGGACUUCCUUCAGGUCCCACGGAGGGACAGGAGCCAACCUUUGCACAUCUCUACCAUACAGGACAUCAUGAACAGGAAAAGUGAGCAGAGCUCUGGGACUUUUGGGGUGAACGUUGCCCUCUCAGGUCCUGUUUGACAGGACUUCUUCUCACUGACUGCUUAACUCUUUCCUAAAGAGGAUGAUGUUAUUCCUGUAGCCAAAGGCAGCUUCAAGCUUCGAUAUGAGACAAUCCCUUUUACUUUUGUGUUUUGUCUAUGUUCUCGUCAGAUGUUUAUAUUUGUUAUACUUCGAAUCAUAGAAAUGUCUUCUCGGCUUUGCAUUAAAGAUUUUAUGUUUCGUUUGGAAA